AUGAUUGAUUCCAAGUUUUAUUGUGCAAAUACAACUUGUUUACCAUUCAUUAAUAUUAUUACAUUAAAUAUUAAGAAUUGUCAAUUCGCAUGUUUAAGUCAAAGUCAAUGUAUAGCAGCCACUUUUCAUCGAUCAACUUCUAAUUGUGAAUUAUUUGAUAAUAUCUUGAAUCAAAAUGAAAAUAUGCUGACCGAUGUAGAUGCUAUUAGUAUGAAUGUUAUUAGUGGAACACAAUUUCCAUCAGAACCAACUACGACAUCAACAUCAACAACAACAUCAUCAUCAUCAACAUCAGCAGCAACAACAAUUGCCUGCAACGUUUUUCUUAAUCAAACUACUUACGCAGUUGGUUUUCAACCAAUAUCAGUAGCAGUCGCCGACGUGAAUAGUGAUAACAAACCCGAUAUUGUUGUUGCAAACCGCAAUUCGAAUACUGUGAGUGUUCUUCUUAACGCAGGCAGUGGCACCUUUGAUGCUCAAACUACUUAUACAGUUGGUACUCAACCAUAUCAAGUAGCAGUCGUCGACGUGAAUAACGACAACAAACCCGAUAUUAUUGUUACAAACUCUGGUGCGAACAACAUCAGUGUUCUUCUCAACGCAGGUAGUGGUACCUUUAAUACUCAAAUUAUUUACACAGCUGGCUCUUCUCCAUACUCAGUAGCAGUCGUCGAUGUGAAUGGUGAUAACAAACCUGAUAUUAUUAUUACAAACUGGGGUUCGAACAACGUCGGUGUUCUUCUCAACGCAGGCAAUGGCACUUUUAAUGCUCAAACAACUUACGCAGUUGGCUUUAAUCCACAGUCGGUAGCAGUCGUCGAUGUGAAUAGUGAUAACAAACCUGAUAUUAUUGUUGCAAAUUGGGGUGCGAACAACAUCGGUAUUCUUCUUAACGCAGGCAGUGGUACCUUUCAUACUCAAACUACUUACUCAGUUGGUACUCGCCCAUAUUCAGUAGCAGUCGUCGAUGUAAAUAGCGACAAUAAACCUGAUAUUAUUGUUGCAAACUCUGGUUCGAACUCCACCGGUGUUCUUCUUAACGCAGGCAAUGGCACCUUUAGUGCUCAAACUAGUUAUCCAGCUGGCAAUUUUCCAUGGUCAGUAGCAGUCGUCGAUGUGAAUACCGACAGUAAACCCGAUAUUAUUGUUACAAACUCCAAUUCGAAUGACAUCGAUGUCCUUCUCAAUGCAGGCAAUGGCACCUUUAAUACUCAAAUUGUUUACACAGUUGGUUCUUCUCCAUCAUCAGUAGCAGUUGUCGAUGUGAAUCAAGACAAUAAACCCGAUAUUAUUGUUGCAAAAGCUACCUCGAGCAGCGUCGCGGUUCUCCUACAUUGUUAA